GAAGAAGAAGAAGAAGAAGAAGAAGAAGAAAUUCCCCUGCCGUGUUUCCUUUAAGAGUCCCACUCAGUUGAUCCUUUCAGAUACGUCGAUGGACUGUGAUGGCAACGCUUCUUGUCACCUUGUAUGAAUACUCCCCACUCUUCCACGUCGCUCUGGUUUCCUUGUGUUUUCUUGUAACGGCUGCCAUCGUGCUGGGUUGGUUUGGCUUUGAUGUCCCAGUGAUCCUUCUAAGCUACGAUGAGACAGAGGUUAUUGCAUCAACCCCCGAGAAACGAAUGAUUCAGGAGACCAAUCCAUUUUCUUUUGCACUGGGAUCUGGGCAAGCAUGUGUCAAUGAUGGUGUGUCACUGAGAACUUGCUGUCUGGAGCCUUGUGUACUGAGCUGUUUCUGGGGCUGUGAAGUCAGUGCUCUACAAGCAGCACUGCACACCCAUCAACAAACCUUGAGGCUCACCAGUUCUCAACACUUCCUUGAAGCACUGCACCUUCGCUUUCACUACCAUGAAACUUUCAAUAUCAAUAGCGAGGAUGAAAAGGAAUGUCACACAUGCAUCCCUGCUGACCAGAGGAUUACAGAUUUUGGGCCUUUGCCAAGGAAUCACUAUCCACUUGUGGCUGUACUGACUCUGGCAGAGACAGAGGCUAGAAAUCUGUAUAAUAUUAUGGCAAAUGUGAUUGUUAUUCAUGUUCCUGACAGCAAAUACAACCUUUCUGCGCGGAUUCUCUUUCAAUAUCUUCUCACUGCACAAGGACACAUGCAUGAAUUAAAACCUCUCUUCAUGUCAGCCGAGAUAUCUGGCCCUCCUUACUCUGAGAAGAGCAGCCAGCCAGCCGAAGCACAGAUGGAGGGAAAUCUUGUGGGAGACGAGAGUGACUGGUCAGAGGAGAUGGGCAGAAACUGUGUAAUAUGUCAGAAUGCAGCAGUAAAUAGAGUGCUGCUGCCAUGCAGACACGCCUGUGUGUGUGACAAUUGUAUGUUGCACUUUCAACACUGUCCCAUCUGCAGAGCCUUUGUACUGGAGUCAUUUUCACUUAGAACAACAGCAGGAAUGUGAUUUCCAAAUAGUUAUCUAAGAGACAAAAGUGAACAUGUAAUUAAAAUGUGCAAUAACUUGUCAAAAAUAUCUGGAUUUCAGUUCCUAUUACAAUUUACGAGUAUACAGUAAAAGCAACAGUCCAUAUUUUCUUGUUACAGCAGAACUUUUUUUCACAGCAGCUGAUAGACUUUAUAAGCAUCACAGCUCCCAAUAAACUAAAAACACUGUUAUCAUCUC